CAUGCGCCUGCGCCUCCCUCAACAUGGCUGCCGUGCCGCAAAGGACCCUGAACUGGCUGUACAGUAUCCUGAUCAGGGACCAUUACGAUCCCCGACAAACAUACCAGGACCCCAACCGCACCUACUAUGAUGUCGCCAAUGUCCUGGGUCAAUACCCUUCACUGGGCCCCCGGACCGAAGUCUACACCUUCGAGAACGGUUUCUCUGCCCUCCUUCUGCAACUCACCGGCACCUUGCCUGUGACGUUUCGCGGCACCGUCUACAAGUUCCCCAUCACACUAUGGAUCCCAAACACAUACCCUCGAGAGCCGCCUUUGGUAUAUGUGACACCGACACAGGAUAUGGCUGUGCGAGUGGGGCAGCAUGUCACGCUGGAAGGGAGGGUGUACCAUCACUACUUAGCACACUGGGCUGAGGCGUGGGAGCGAUCGUCUCUCAGUGAUUUCCUCUUGAUCCUCCGCGAAGUUUUUGCCAAGGAGCCACCAGUGCGAUACAAACAGCAACAGCCCGCACCACCGCGACCGCCCCAGCCAGCGCAGGCACCUCCUCUACCACCUCUGCCUCCGGAGCUCGAUCCCACACCGAAUCGCCCUCUGACUACCCAAAGUGCUUCAAAUGCUCCUCCAGCAACCGUUCAAGUGCCACCGCCCCCGCCCCCGAAGCCAGGACAAACACCCCUGGAGCAGCCACAGCGCACUCCGUCGUCAGGGCGGUACACAUCGCCCCCACCAAUCCCUCCAUUGCCACCGAAAGAGCAGGACUCCCGACGGGCAUCCUUGCAGCCGCAAGCAGGUGUCGGCAGUUCCGCCAGCAGGCCACAGUACCUGUCAGAGCGCAGCGGAGUCCCUGCAGGGGCACCGGGGCAGUAUCUGCCUCAACAGCAUGUCACCCAGCCGAUGCCUGCACACCCGCCUGGGUCAGCGCAGUUCCAGCCAUUGAGUGGCACACCUGUUACCCCUCCACAUCCUCAGCCGACCCCCUCUUACUACCCCGUGCAACAAAGCCAUCCAGCUUACCAACGACCCCCACCCCAGGCACCUGCCCGACCAUCACCACAUGCUGGGAUUCCGCAAGCGCAACAGCCAGCUCCGCGACCCAAGGCAGAGAUGCCAGAUCUGCUCACCUCUCCGUUUGAGCUUGAACUGCCCUCCUUCACACCCACCGGCCCGGCGCCGCCAAUUCCACCUAAUCCCGAAAAGGACGCCCUGCUGCAGGCGGUUUCCAAGACUUUGGCUGAGACGCUCCAGGCCAAUGUCACACAAUCUGAGGUCGCCGCUCAAUCCUUGCUUUCACAGUCUCAUUCUCUACACGCGGCCAUUGCUACUCUCCAAGGCGAAAUCUCAUCGCUCAGCGCUCUCAACACCACUCUACAAACAAACACUUUGACCCUGCAGCAAUCUCUGCACCGCGCCGACGCCGUCAUCGCUGACGCGCAGAGCCGCAUCUCAACAGCAACUCCGUCCUCGAGCGCCGACGCCGCUGCGUCGGGUCUUCCCCCUAUCGACGAAGUCCUCGUCGCUCCGACUGUUGUCGGCAAGCAGCUGUACGAUCUAGUUGCUGAAGAACGCGGUAUCCAGCAGGCAAUCUAUGCCCUGCAAGCGGCCCUGGUAAAGGGAGUGAUUGGCGUAGAGACCUGGUCGCGUCACACGCGGGGACUUGCGCGGGAGGCAUUCCUGAAACGGGCUCUGAUACGGAAGAUUGGGAAAGGUAUGGGGCUGGAGGAACCUUGAAAACUGGUCUUGUACGGAGUAGACAGACCUGUAUAUACUAAGGGGAGGUUAUGAGCAAUGUACAUAAGUGAUGAAUUUGCUAUCAAGCAGAUCGCUUAGCCCGUUAUGAAAGUACUUGGUU